AAGGGGGAAAAAUUCAAGACUGGCAGUCGGCGUUUUGAGAGAGCACACAUAUCAUCCUUCCCCCACACACUCACACACACCCACACCCGCACCCGCUUCCCACCCCCCUCCCACUCCAAGGAAGAAAGAAAGUCUCGCCGGAAAAAAAACAGAAGCAGGAAAAGCAGGAAAGAAGGAAGAAGAAGAACAGGAGGAAGAAGGAAGCACGAGCAGAAGCAGAAGCAGCAGCCGACACUGCAGCGAUGGAUCAUCAUAAUCAGCCGCACAGCGGGCACGCGACGGGCGCCGGGUCCACUCCUCCUCCACCCUCCUCUGCCGACGUACCAAAUCAACUUCAAUAUGGCUCAGCCCUCUGCUCCAAACCACCCCCCAGCUCGCUCUUCUUCCACCCAGCCCCCCCAAGCUGCUCCUAAUGCCAUAUCGGCCGACGACUUCGCCCCAAAUUCGUCAAACCCUCCUCCUCCUCCGUCCGCUUCGACCGUCGCCACCACCGACGUCGCUUCAACCGCCUCGGCUAUCGCCCACAAGGGCGCUGCGUUAGCUGUCCCCGCCCGAACUUCAUCGACGAAAAUGUCGGAUCCAUCUCCAACGUCGACCGCCAGCACCGCUGCCGCCGCCAUGAGCGAUAAUCAGUCGACCAGCAGCAAGCGCAAGCGAAGAAGAAAGGAGGGCGAGGGCGGUCCGGACAGUGUCAAGUCCGGCGGCCGAACACGGAAGCCUGGAGGAAUUGGGCGUUUGUUUACCGUCUUCCUCUGCUGUCGGAGCAGUGCUACAGCAGACGAUGACGCGCAACCAGCUUCACGAACCGCGAACCAGAAGCCUGAGUCCUCCGUUCCUGCACGAGUCUCGACUCCCGUCAAAGAACAGACGAAGCCUCCUGCUCCUAUUCCUGCUCCUCCGCAGAACGUCGUGGGAACCGCAGCUCCUCGGGAUGCUGCUGCGACGACAACGACGACAACGACGACAACGACGGCCGAAAUCACCGAGAAGAGUCAGGUGGUGCAGAAAGGCCCGUCAAAGUCCCUCGUGACCGCCGGUGCCCCUAGCGGGCACGAGAGAGAAGUAAGGGAGACCGUUCCCGAAGUGAAGGUGGGCGACUCGGCCCCCGACACCCCCACCACCCCGACAACAGUGGUCCCGCAAGCACCCAUCACCGUCGCGAUUCAAUCGCCGACGCCCACCGUAUCUGCCAACGAUAGAGACAUCGGAGCUCUGCCGGAAGCACCCGUACCACCCCCACAGCCUCAAGCCGAUGAGACCGAUAUGUCGGACUCGGACACCAUCGACGAUGCGACCGGUGAACCGUCCGGUCGGAGCAAGGAAGAAGUCGCGACACGGUCCGUUCCGUCGUCGUCGUCGACCGAAAAGGAGGAUAUUGAGAUGGUUGCAACCUCGAACGAUGACGUCGAUGAGCUUGCCUCGCACGCUGCUACCGCCGCGUUGACUCAGAGCCAGCCCGAGAAGGCGAGACAGUCAUGGCUUCUUCCCCCUCUGCGACCCGAGUUCGAGGGCAAGAAAUGUUUGGUUUUGGAUCUCGACGAAACAUUAGUGCACAGUAGUUUCAAACUGUUGCAUCAAGCCGACUUUACGAUUCCCGUUGAAAUCGAAGGCACGUAUCACAAUGUCUACGUUAUCAAGAGACCUGGAGUCGAUCAGUUCAUGAAGCGCGUGGGAGAGUUGUACGAGGUUGUGGUAUUCACCGCGUCCGUGUCGAAGUACGGUGACCCACUCUUGGAUCAACUCGAUAUCCACAACGUCGUCCACCACAGGCUGUUCCGGGAGAGCUGCUUCAACCACCAGGGGAAUUAUGUGAAGGAUCUUUCUCAGCUGGGCCGGGACCUCAAGGACACCAUCAUCAUCGAUAACUCCCCCACGAGUUACAUCUUCCACCCACAGCACGCUGUUCCGAUCAGCAGCUGGUUCUCGGACGCCCACGACAACGAGCUCUUGGACCUGAUUCCGGUCCUCGAGGACUUGUCCGUCAGAGAUGUGAACGAUGUCAGCUUGGUUUUGGACGUUUCCCUAUAAUGCAUAGUGCUGGGCGGUAGCAGUUUGCGGACAUAAUCAUCCUCCGACAUGGAGGUUGUGAUGCCUGCAAUAUCAUCACUUUAGGAGUUCUUUCUUCUUUUCUUUUCCAUCACAUAUCCCUCACUCUCGCGGCUGCGGGGCAAUCAUUGAUUGUACAGAUGCUCCUGCUGCGGGAUUUUUUCUUUUUCUUUUCCUUAUUUAGGGGCGUCGGGAGGUGGUGC